AUGGGUUGCCCCGUGAACUCGUAUCAGAACAGAGAUCCACGAUUCACUGCUGAUUUCUGGCGUUCCGUGUUCAAAUCACUCGGAACGCGCUUGAAGAUGUCAACAUCUGAUCAUCCAGAGUCGGAUGGUCAGACGGAACGUGCCAAUCGUGUCCUUGAAGAGAUACUUCGAGGAUACGUACACUCCUUUAAGAGUUGGAGUGAGUUUUUGCCAAUGGUAGAGUUUGCCAUCAACAACUCGGUGCAUGCGUCCACGACACAUACACCGUUUUACGUGAAUGGCUUGCGCCAUCCGCGUAUACCCACCUUACUAGAGUGUAACUCUGGUUUAAGGGGGGGAGGGACUCGCGCGAGCAAAAACCGAUUUGGUUCACGCUCAUCACGCUCUGACGAAGAAGUCAUUGCGUUUGAUGCCGAUAUCGAUAACAUCGAUAUCGAAGAAGAUGAUGCCAGUGAGAGUGCGGAAGCCCUCACUGAAGACAAUGAUCCCAGGUGA